AUGUCUGUUCAAUACCACCAACCUUCCAACUUUGACAAAUUCAAGAUGGGCGCCAUCAUGGGCGGCUCUGUCGGUGUCUGUGUCGGCGUUUUGUUUGGUGGAUUCUCGAUUUUGCAACAUGGCGCCGGUCCCAAUGGAGUUAUGAGAACAUUGGGCCAAUACAUCAUGGGGUCUGUUGCCACCUUCAGUUUGUUCAUGUCGAUCGGAUCUGUCAUCAGAUCCGAGACCGACUACCAGGCGUACCAAAGGGCGAUGAUGCUGUCCCAAAGGGAAAGAUUGAGAGCGAUCUACGGAAUCGACAACUAG